AUGUUGACAACGCGACGAUGCGCUUGUUUACAACGCUUCGCAACGGCCAAACGAUGUCAAUUAUGGCGUGUGCUACGAUAUCAAAGCACCGUCCCAUCCCCUACCUCCACGAUUUCGCCAGCCUUGUUAGGCAGAGCUCAAGCUCUUGCAGCUGAACAUGCUGAGCUCUCGAAGCAGCUUAACAGCGAAUAUGAUACUCGGAUAGCAAAGAAAGCCGGGUCUCUUUCCGCUGUGGUUACGGCCUUGAACGGCUGGGAGUUGACCAGCAACUCUUUGCCAGAGCUCCAGCAACUUAUCAAAGACCCCUCAACGGACCCAGAGCUACGAUCCCUUGCAGAAGAAGAGCUGCAGACAACCACAGAGAAGCUCUCAUCACUGUCUAGCGACCUCCAGAAAAGCUUGAUCCCAGAGCAUCCAUUUGCUCAAAUGCAAUGUCUAAUUGAGAUUCGACCUGGAGCUGGUGGAGAUGAGGCUGGCAUAUUUGCUGGGAAUCUGUUACAGAUGUACCAGGGGUACUGCAGGCGGCAAGGUCUCCGAGUGAACAUUCUCAAAUUUGAUGCUACAAAAACCCAGGGCCUUGAAAAUUCAAUCCAAGAGGCGGUCUUAGAAAUUGAAACUCCAGGAGCAUAUGACAUGCUCAGAUGCGAGGCUGGAGUACACAGGGUACAAAGGGUUCCAGCUACUGAAGUCAAGGGUAGGACACACACGAGUGCUGUGUCCGUCCUGGUGUUGCCCAAUUUUCCCAGCCAAGGAGAAGACGAGCUUGGGGAAAGUAACUUUGAGGACCCGUCAAACGACUACUACGUAGACCCUACAGAUGUCCGAACAGAUGUCAUGCGUGCCAAGGGCGCGGGUGGCCAGCACGUCAAUACUACGGACUCUGCAGUCCGCUUGACCCAUUUGCCUACUAAUACUGUCGUUGCUAUACAAGACUCGAGAUCUCAGCAGCAAAACCGUGCAAAGGCGUGGCAAAUCCUACGAGCGAAGCUUGCUCAAGCACGGCGUGAUGCCAGAGAAGAAGAGAUGGCACAGCUACGCCUCAGCAUCGUUGGAGUCUCCAAGAUGGGUCGCGGUGACAAAGUUCGGACGUACAACUGGGGUCAGCAAAGAGUCACAGAUCAUCGAAGUGGAAUCACGUUGCACCAUCUUGAUGACAUUUUAGAGGGAGGAGAAUCGCUUGACAAGGUGAUGGCUAGUGUGAGAGAAUGGCUGAAGAUGCAAGACCUUCAAUUGCUCGUCGCCGAUGAGGAAGCUGCAAGAGCAAAAGCUGAUAUUUAG